CUACGAUGAGAUUUUUUUCAAACUUUUUUUUAUCUCUUAAUUUUUUUUUAAUUUUAAGAAAAUAAAGUUUAACUAUGGAUUAUGGCAAGAAUCUAUUUCGAAAAAUGCAAUAUGAGGCGGUGUCUGGCAACUUUGUAGAAAAUUUAAACUCCAAUGUGAAUAUGCUUAAUAACAACAAAACGGGGCUAUGUGAUAAUGAAAUCGUCGACAUAGAUGAACAAAAUGAAAUUGAAAAUAAUCAGUUAGAGAAUGAGCUUAGACGAGGUAGCUCCUCGAACAUGCUUGUAUCGCAAAGCUUUUAUACACAAGAACGAUUCAAAGUUUUACUCGCAUUCAUCAUUCUGGUGUUCAGCUUUUUUAUCUCGACGAUAUCAUUAAUAUUCACACAUGACAGAUUACCAGCAGAGAAAGAACCACUUCCUGACAUCUUCCUUGAUAACGUUAAGUCUGUUGAUUAUUUGCUUUAUGUAACAGAAAUUCAAAUUAUCAUCGUAGUAAAUUUGUGCAUUAUAAUAAUUUUCUUUCAUAAAAAGCGAAUGAUUGUUGCCAAAAGAUGUUUCCUUCUACUAUCGUUAUUAUACAUUUAUAGAGCAAUCACUAUGUCGAUAACAGUUUUGCCAAUAUCCUCAUCCACUUAUUACUGCUCGCCUAAGAAAUCAUCCUCGUUUUUAGAAGUAUUACAACGAUCAUUUUGGGUAUUCACGGGAAUGGGAUUAACAAUUAAUGGACAACAGCAAUAUUGCGGCGAUUCAAUAUUCAGCGGACAUAGUACAAUUUUAAUGUUUGCAUAUCUUGUGUUAGACGAAUAUUUACCGAAGAAAUUCAGGUGGCUUAAGAGGCUUUCAUUGUUAAAUGCUAUAUUGGGCAUGCUUUUCCUACUCAUUUCUCAUUCACAUUAUACAAUCGACGUUGUUUUAGCAUAUUACAUUACGACACGUCUCUUUUGGACUUAUCAUCAGAAUCUAAAUUUAUUAUAUAAUAACAAUCUUAACUCAAGUAAAGAAUGGUGGAUUGGACUUUUCAAAUAUUUUGAAAGAAAUUCAGCGCGAAGCUUUCCAAAUGAAUUUGAAAUUCCCUGGCAACAUCACCAUCAAGAAUCUCAGAUAUAAAAGCAAUGAUCUGACAUUAACAAAGAUAUUUAGUGUUCAAUUUUUAUAAACUUUAUAACAAUAUUAUUUACAAAGUUUAUAUAUAUAUUUAUUAUAUUUCAAUGAUGUUAGAGUUUUCUAGGCUUUUUUUCUUAAUUAAUUAAUCUUUUUCAUAUUUCAUCAAAUUGAAAUUCAUUCCUUGAUAUUUGAGCUCGUGAUGUAAUAGUGCAUUAGUUAUGUUUUUCGUAGCUUAUAAAAGCUAAUAAAAUUAAUAUUUUAACUACAUUUCAAAGAACAUAUAUUUAUAAAUAAGGCCGAAAAUAUAACAAACAGAAACAACAUAU